UUCACAUUGUUGGUGAAAAAUUUUGAUGUUUGAAGUUUUCAACGAGAGUACAAAGGGCAAAUUUUGUAGAUGGCCAUUUCUCCUCAGUUAUGUUCCAAGUUUGGUUCGCAUUCAGAAAGAUACAGUCAGAGGCAAAAGGAAAAGAAGAACAAGGAGGUCAGAGAUCAAAGGAGAAACAAUGAUCAAAGGAGAAACAAUGAUGAUUUCCGAUCUCCCACGGGAACUGGAAUCGGAAAUACUCUCUAGGGUUCCGGUCACAUUUGUUAAACAGUUGCGAAUUGCUUGCAAAAGAUGGGAUGCUUUUUCUAAAGAUCCGAGCUUUAUCAAGAAGAACUUGGGGAAAGCAGCAACGCAGAUGGUCUUAAAGGUAGAUCGAUCGGUUUAUUCAUUUAGCUUCGAUCUCCGUGGAAUCUCCAGCGAGUACGUGCAAUCUAUCGAGAUUACAGGUAAACUCAAGAGUGUAAAGGAUUCAAAAGACGUCGAGGUAUCAGAAAUCUUUCACUGUGAGGGUUUGUUGUUAUGCAAGACGAAAGAGAAUAGACUCGUGGUUUGGAACCCUUGUACUGGUCAAACCAGAUGGAUCCCAUCCUCCAGAUUAUCUAGACCUAAGUAUUUUCUAGGGUACGAAAAAAGCAACAAGAAACCGUGCGUGAGCUACAAAAUCUUGAGCUGUAGCUAUUAUCGCACCGACCAGAACCUCACAGCUUCUAAGUUUGAGAUUUAUGACUUCAACUAUGAUUCAUGGAGGGUUCUGUUGGAUCAGUUGAUUGGAACGAAAGAGUGUCUUUAAAGGGAAAUACUUACUGGUUAGCUUCAGAUGGU